CACAUGGUGCGCUGCAGCUUUUGACACACUCGCGGGAAUUUCAUGUAAUCAAUGCUUUUGUUUCUACAUUUGAAAKAACCUACAAUAAGUCAAUACGUGUGUUUCAUUCAACUUAACAGUUAUGGCUGAAUGUCCAGCAAGUAUUGUAUUGCGAAGUGAAGGAGUCGAGAGCUCAAACAUCGAAAAAGAGAGUGUCACAAAGCUUCUCCCCAAUCUACAGAAACUGUUUGAGUCAGAACUGUCCAAAUCUUGUGUGCCAAGUCUGGAAACAGUUGACCCAAGGGCAAACUCAAAGAGCGAUGAAAAGGAGAGCGAUGAGAAGCUUGCAGACAAUCCACAGAAACUCUCUGAAUCUUGUGUGCCAAGUAAGGGACCGMUUGACCCAAAGGCAAACUUAAAGUGGGAGAUAGGGUCCCACUGCAAGGCUGUGUGGUCACAGGAUGGGCGGGUUUAUCCUGCCACCCUGGUCUGGUUGGAGGGGGAGCGCUGCAAGGUGAAGUUUGACAACUAUGGAAACGAGGAAGAGAUGGACKUGAGCGCCAUGCUACCUGAAGCUGCUGACCAGCCCCGGAAGGAGAAACGGAGCGAUGAAAAGGAGAGCGAUGAGAAGCUUGCAGACAAUCCACAGAAACUGAUGGAAUCGAAACUCUCAGAAACUGAUGUGCCAAAUAAGGGACCGGUUGACCCAAAGGCAAACUCAAAAGUGUGGAUGCUGGGUUCCCGGUGCCGUGCUGUGUACUCAGAGGAUGGCCUGGUCUACCCAGCGGUGCUGGUGUGGAUGAGAGGCGAACGCUGCCGGGUGAAGUUUGAAGGCUACGGGAACGAGGAGGAGCUGGAGCUGAGCACCCUGCUAUCGCCAGAUGACCUGGGYCGACACUGUGGAAGAGCUACUGCCAAGGCUGUGGAAGGGUUCAGGUCCAUUAGUAACAACAGCGCAGACUGGAAGAAGGAUAGAGAGUGGAGGACACCUCAACAAGAGGGACGAGAAGAGCCUUCCUCACCUCGGCCACCUGAGUUUCCUCCAGGAAAAGGCUAUAACCUUGGCAAUGAGCAGGGGGAUAAGAAGAAGCCAAGUAGUCGGAAAGAGGAACCAAAUGGCCGGAGUCAGGAACCAAAUGAUCACCCGUUUCCUUUUUUUCCUCCAGUGCCGCCMCCCAAUGGGUCUUUGGACUUCCUGUCAUUCCUGCCUCCUCCUCCACCUCCACCGUGUGUAUGGCCCCCCCGAGCAGGGCUGGUGGAUGCUGGCGAUGGGCUAGACUCGUCCGUUACAGACUUAUCCAGCAUGCUGCUGUCCUGGUACCUGUGUGGCUACCACACUGGCUGCUACAUGGCAAUGCAGCAGACAGCGGCAAGUCGCAAGAGGGCUCAUAAAGAGAAACGAGCAGAGGAAUAAGGUUGGUUUAAGACCCUAGAAUGGGGAAGAAGAUGAAAAGAGCUGUUCUCUUGAAACAGGACGAGUUCCAAAGAGCUAAUGUUCUUGUACUACACAGAGGUAGUCCAGUUAGGGCUCUGUGUCUGAUGCAUUGCAGUUGUCAGGUUUUUUUCUUACUGAAGAUGGGUGUCGUGACCAGAAGAUGAUUGUGGAUAGGGGUAUGGUGUUAGGGGUACGGUGACCCUAGCUCAUCAAGCUGUUAACUCAGCACUUCCAAGAGGCUUUUUGGAAGGAUAUUUUUACUUUGARGUUUUUGGCACUUUAUUAUUUAUUUUUUUACUGUUGGAAAAAGCUUUUCCAAUGUUUUUUUUUUUGGGGGGGAAUAAAAUAAUGGGACAGCUAGUUUAUGGUCAGGUGGGGAAAAAAUUGAAUGAAUUGUUAAUCCUGCUUUUUUUUAAAUGUCAGUUCAUUUUGGGAGUUUAUUUUAUUACUGUAAAUUUCAAAUAUGUUUGGAUUCUUUUUUUAAUUUUCUUUUUCAAGAGAACAUUUAUUCAACCAAAUCGCAUGCCUUGGCAUUUCUUUUGCAUUUCUUAUACAUGUUUUAUGUAGAUAAAAUGUAAUGGUUGAAAAUGAUUGCAAAUGUAAUAUCGGACUGUAGGUUUUUGGAUGUCUCAAACCACGGUGGUUUCAUCUCACCUUUAACCCUGAGCUUCACCACAUGGUUUUCUUCAGCACAUAAGAACUAUAGUGUCAAUAUUAGACCAAAUAAUUAAACCAUGUUUCUCGGAAAUGUCUAUUGAGUAGGGAGUAGUAAAAUGUUUAUACUUUAUAACACACAAAGGUUUAGCAUGCAGUUUUUCAGUUGCAUCAAGUAUAUAUGUGCWGCCUAAAUGCAGAAAKUGUGGUUAAAAUGAUUUGAAURUGAAAUCACACAAACCCUCACCAGUCACCAUAAAAUGUAUAUUUUGUAUUGUCUAUCUCUGUGGAUGACGCAGUGUUCUGGGUAUGACACUGGGUCAAUUGGAACAAACCUUGGGUCAAGGAUAAGGUUAUGCGCACAAGAGGAGAUGGGAAGCAGACCUGGUUUGACGUAGAUGGUCAAAAGAUCAGAUGACACAUAGGACCCUCAAAAUAGCAGUGAUUUAGAAUCUCUAUUGGGAAUUUGAAUACUGAAGUUAAGAUACAGGCAGAUUUUUGUAAAGGGUCCUUAGCAGUAAAGCUGUGAGAGUUCUAUGGAUUUGGUCUAGGAUGCACAAUAGCUGCUAAUAUAGCCAACAACUCAAAAUGUGCUGUUGUGAUUUUCACAGCCUAUGUGUUCUUAAUAAAGAACAUUGAAGCCUCA